AUAUUAGUUGAAGACAUCAGUUCAGUUAUUCUUGAAAAAGAAGUGAAUAGUGAACAUGGCAGCAACUAUAUUGACAAUGAUGGCUUUCUGUUUAGCAGUUGGACUCAUUAAUGGUGGGACUGUAUUUAUGGUGCCGUAUGCCUUAGUCAAGACCUCUAGAUUGGCAGCAAUGGAAAAAAUCGCACUAAUUUUGACCCAAGCAGGGCAUAAUGUGACAUAUUAUGUUCACAAUGAGUAUGACAUCCCUAAUGAAUUCUUCGAGACAAGUAUCAACAUCGAACAGUAUGAAUAUCCAAGUGAUAAAAUAGCUUAUAGCGCACCUGAAGAUCUUGUACAGGAAUUUAUGAUGAGUACAAUUGAAGGAGAGCUCGACAUUAUGUUUGCAAAAGAUAACAUAUUUUUUCAUUACAUCCAUCAUUUGGUGCAUCCAUAUUUCAACGAUCUUCACCAGUGGAAAAAAUUCAAAGACGCAUUUUUUGAUUUGGUCAUUUUAGACAGUUGGGAUUUCAUACUUGGCGGAAUAGCCAAACAGUAUUUGGACAGGCCCACAAUUUUAUGGUCGAAUGCUGGCUACGAAAUGCACUUUGAAAAUUGGUUGAUGCCACUACCAUUAGCACAUAUACCAAUAGUCGCUGUUCCAUAUUCAGACCACAUGUCAUUUACCGAGAGAGCCAUGAAUGUUUAUUACUAUCUAAUGAUGAUUUGGUGCAAGCGUAACUGGUAUGACUUAAGGGACGAAACCUGGGGUAAACUUGCCGGAAAGCUUGGUCUACCACCAACCACUAACCAUAAGCUCUCCGACGGAGACCUUAUCUUCAUACAAUCAAAUUUCGCCUACUUUUAUCCCAGACCAAUCAUGCCAAACGUCAUCCCAGUUCUUGGAUUGAAAGACAAACCACAUAAACCAAUUGAUGAUAAAUUCAUUGAGUUUAUAGAUGGCGCUGGUGAAAAUGGUUUUAUCAUCAUGACCUUUGGUUCAAUGCCGAGAGGAAUGGACGAACAUCGGCGGGAAAUCUUUGCGACUGCUUUUGCGAAAUUGAAAGAGCGAGUGUUUUGGCGGUACAGUGGACCAAUACCUAAAAGUCUAGGUGAGAAUACAAUGUUGUUGCCAUGGUUACCACAAAAUGACCUUUUGGGACAUCCAAAACUGAAACUUUUCAUAACACAUUGCGGAGCUUCGGGAUCAGCAGAAGCGGUGUUUAAUGGUGUCCCCAUAAUUGGAAUACCAUUAUUUUACGAUCAGCGACAUCACUGCACUAUUCUCACACAGCGUUUAAAGAUGGGCUUGGUCGUAAAUUUCUCCGAUAUCACAGAGAAACUCUUGACCAGUGUUGUAAAUGAAGUCUUGGGAAAUCCGCAAUACAAACAGAAUGCCCUGAAGGCUCAAGAACUCGCACGGGAUCAGCCUGUAAAUGCCUCCUACACCAUACAAUACUGGGCAGAAUAUGUCAUGAAGCACAAAGGGGCUAAACAUUUACAAUCAAGGCCUAUGAAGGAGUUGAACUCUUUCCAGUACUACAUGUUGGACAUUGUAUUUGUGUUUGUCAUAUGUCUAACGUUUGCUGUCAUGUGUUUCAUAUUACUUACUAGGAGAGUAUAUCACUUUGUGUUUUGUAAGCAUCAAAAACUUAAAAAACAAUAGGUAUAACUUUAUACCUUACAUUACAUGAAGAAGGGCAUACUCUAUGAGGUAGUAUAAGGUUACGAGAAUGCAGAAUACAUGUAGGAACAGUAACUUGUCGAAAUUUAUUCUCUGUAUGAUGUAUAAUUCACAACAUUGCAUAUACAUAUUGGUUCGACUUUCUGUGAAAAAUUAGCCAGAUUCAUAGAUUUAUAAUACUAAUAAUAGACUUUAUAUUUCACUUUAUAGCCAGCAUGUAUAACUGAUCUUUUCUUGAAGCAUAACAUGAUAAUAUACAUUAUC